GCCAGCCAGACCCAGCCAGUGCCGGGCGGGCGCUGCGCAAACGUCAUUUCGCGGGCGGGCGCCAACCCGUCUUUGAACGUCGCGCCGCCAUGUCCUGCCGCUCCAGCUCAACCAAAACCGGUGCCAGGCCGCUUCACCACCACCGCCGAAGCUAAAAUCCAGUCCAGUCCAGUCCUUGCUUGCUCAUGCCCAGCUCAGCCUUGCUCAGCACCCACUCCGUCACGAUCACCACUCUGAGCUCAGCUCCCCUCUCUCACAACCAGGACGGCGACUGCCGAUACCGCCGCCUUAGAGAUAGCCGCCCUGCGCCAAGAUAGCAUCGUGUGCCGCCUGUUGCUGUUGGUCCAAGAGUCCAAUCGGAUUGCCUGCAAGGCAAGAACUGACCCAUCCUCCCGGAGCUCAAGUCCUCUUCUUCAACCACAACCACACCGCGCCUUGCGCUGUGGCGACCUGGGCUUUCAUGGUUGGCCAGCAGCAACAGUCCACCUGUUGCUGGCAUCAUGGCCGUCGAUGGCGUUGACGGGCCAGCCACUUACUGGCCGACCGACAAUCUCAUCCUAAACUCCAACCGGAAGCACUAUCGUAGCGUUGUAGCGCCCAUCCACUGGCAGCUUCGAUCCCUUAUUAGUGCCGAACGCAACGACAUCAUCUACUACCCUGCCGGUGUUCACAACACGCAUAUCACACGGCUCAACACGACAACCCGUGAGUGUGAGACGGUCAAAGUCAUCAGUUUUCAUCCACGAUGUCUGGUUGCCAAGGGUGGCUGGAUAUGCUGUGGGGGUGAGAAGGGCGAGUUCGCCGUCAUUCGUGACGUUGGGCAGACCGAGGGCACAGAAGACCUGCUCGGCGACGAGUUCCGAGCGAGCUUCUCGUCCCUAGAUCCAGCCAACCUGGCCGAAGCCUCUAUGCUGCAAUUGCACCAGGAAAUGCUGGGCAUAAUGGAGCGCAUCAACAACAAGACCUGGUCUACAUCAAAUCACAAGUUCGGCACCGCCCGUGUCAACUGCAUCACCAUAUGGCUACCCCGCAAGGCUUCAUCAAGUUCACCUGUGCCAGGCAUAUAUCAGCGACCAGUGGCGGUCUUGGCCAACAAUGACAAGUCGGUCACGAUUGUCUCGCUCUUUGACAACCAGGAGCUCGACCACCUUACAUUUCCAGACGCGGUCAAUCGUGCUGUGAUCUCGCCUGAUGGCACGAUGCUGGCAGCAAUCUGCGAUGAUCCAUACUUGUACACGCUUAUCCGUGCCCCCGUUGACGGCGACAAGGGCCACUACGAGUGGAAACAGCUCCUGCCAGUGAGGCUUCAAGGGCAGACAGAGACCGAUGUCAGCGACACUCGCGGAAGCUUCGCUGCUGCCUUCUCCCCCUCUGGGAACUACCUGGCGGUUGGCACGCAGUACGGCACGAUCUGCAUCUUCGACACGGCUGCCCUGGCGCGAGACGAGGAUCCGCUGCUCGCCUACUUUGAUUCAUCGAGGUCACCGCACGAGAGUGGCGCUAUUAGGGACAUGGCUUUUUCCCCCGCAUCCCAUGAUCUAUUGGCUUGGACUGAACACAGGGGCCGCGUAGGUAUCGCCGAUGUUCGGUCCAAUUUCAGGUCGAGGCAGAUCAUCUCGAUCGACAGCCACGACAACUUUGAGUCUCUGGCUCUGAAUGACCGGAGCACAAUCGACCCUCGGCUUCUAGACCCGAGAAGUGAACGUGCCGCAGGCAGCCCAUCAUCAUUCUCAAGUAUUCUCAGCCCCUCCAACCCCGGGCGGCCACUACCCAACCCAGGCAACGCCGAGUCAGCCAUAUCGAGGCUCAACCAACCCUUCACUACGGACGAAACCAUUGUACUCGAAGCCGUACAGCAGGAGCGGCGGAGGCGCGACGCCGCCCGAGAGUCCGGGGAGCACCAAGCAGCGGCAUCACGGGGAGGACCAGAAUGGAGAUCGGCCGAUUGGUUCGACCGACGGCAGACGUUGUCCAGGCUCCUCGAUGAUGACCUUGGGCGACGCCGAGCGCAGAUCAUUCAGGCUGCCUCGACCGAUCAAGAGCGAGACCGGCGGACGUCGAUCUUGCGGAGGAGCCUUGCACGAACUCAAGUAGAGAACAACGCGUCGGCAGAUGGCCGUGGCGCAAGUGGCGAGGAUGCGUCGUCGCCGCCUACUGCCAGCGCCUCGCGUGAUGCUCCUGCCUGGGGCCGUCAGGCGUUCACUGCAGAGUGGACACCACUCGGCGCUCUCUAUAGCAGUUCCGAGCUUCGUGGUGCUUAUGGUCAGCCUUUGAGGAGCGAGGCCGGCCGCACCCGCCGGGCCAUUCCUGUCACGAACAUCAGUACCUGGCAUGACGAUGCGUCGAGCUAUCGUCGGGUCGCGAGGAGCAACAGCCGUGAGCAUGACCAGCAGCCUGACGACACGGCCGGUCUGGCGUGGGGCGAGGAUGGACGAAAACUUUUUGUCGCGGCCGAAGACGGCUUGUACCAGCUCGCAGUCAACUUGCAAGCACGCAAGCUGUUCCCGGACAUCACUCUACGCUGAUUGGAGGAGGAGAGUGUAUAUUCUUAUUCGUAGUAGUUUCGUUGGACUCGUUGUCGUUGUCGUGUCAUCUCCAGUUUUCAAAGCGAUGGGCCUGGACAAAAAGGCAGAUCCCACAGGCCAAGGCGUUCGAAUAGGAGUUUCGCACAUUUACUUUGGUUGCAUUUUCAGCAACAAAUAGUCUCACUUUGGAAAAGCUGGGAGUUUCUGGACCAACAUAACGCGCUUGCAAAGCAAGAAUGGAAACU